UUAGGUUACCGUCCUAUUCCAACAGACCCUUACCUUCGAGGGAAUUCACCCUUGCCACCCCCUGUAAGCGACAGGAUGAGAAAGAGACGGGCUUUUGCUGAUAAGGAGUUAGAAAACAUUAUGCUAGAGAGGGAGUACAAAGAGAGAGAAAUGAUGGAAGCUACACAAGCAGCUGCCCUUUUUCUCCCUAACCGCAUGGUGCACGGAGCUGAGUAUAACUCCUACAAAACAGCCUACAACACUACUCAAGUUGAUACUCCAAACAAGGAGUUUUGCAAUUUUUUGCCAACAUGCCUUGAUCUAACCAUGCAGUAUUCAGGGUCCAACAACAUGGAACUAAUUUCUUCAAAUGUCAGUGUAGCUACUACUUACAGGCAGUAUCCCCUCUCUUCUAGGUUCUUAGUGUGGCCAAAAUGUGGCCCCCUUAGUGAUGCUCUCCUCUACCAACAAUGCCUGUUAAAUGCUACCACUGUCCAGGCUCUCAAACCUGGGGCAGGUUGGGAUGCCAAGGUGUCACAAACUCUGGACUGUCCAAACACUGAGCAUGACAUCAUGUCUCCAAAACUAGAAAAUUCACUCGUUCUGACCCCCACACAAGACACUCAGCAGUCAUGUAAUGAGAUACCAUGCCUUCCUCAGGAAGCUCGUGAGAGGUCAGCUUUCUCUCCUCCAAAAAGGAGUUUCUCUCAGGUUUCUGAUAAGGGUCCUCUGGCUCCUCAGGAACAGAUAUUAAGCAACAUCAGCAAAAGCAGUACCAAACCCCCUCCACUACUCAAAUACAAUCCAUUUCAGUUACUGUUCCAACAAGCCUUUUCUGACAGAUCAGGACCAGAGUUGAGAACAUCGUUUUUGAAGGAGACUUUUGAAGAUGCUCCUAAGAAAUACAGAGAGUGUGCCAUUAAAGAGAACCAAAAAUACAAGUCUACAAGAGACAAAUGUGCAAACGAUUUAUUGGGGGCCAAGCAAGCCAUAGCAAAACUUUCAACAACAGAACCACUGUCAUUUUCAGUUGAAUCCAUCCUUAAGUGA